AUGUGUAAUGUACCGCCAAAGUUUUAUCAUUUGUGUCGAUUGUGUUUAUCUCAUGAUAAGGAUAAUGCUUUAUUUAUCUUUGAUAAGAUGGUCAUGGAAAAAAAUAUCCUAAAGAAGAUCAUGACGUGUCUGUCAAUUCUGGUGACUGAAGAGGAUGAACUGCCUCAUGUAAUAUGUUUAAAUUGUUCAGAACAGAUAGAAUAUCUCUACAAAUUCAGCGAAUUGGCCAAAAAAAACUGAAGAUAUUUUACAUCAGUUUUUAGUUUACACCAAGCAAUUAAAAGGGACUGAUGAGGAGAAAAUCCGUCAAUCAGAAAAACUUUUAGAAAACCUAACUUCUUCCAUUCACUCAUUGCCGCAAGAUUUUAAAAUAGAAAUUAAAAACGAACCAGAAGAUAUGUCGCCAGUACAAGAACCAUUCAAUCCAACUCAAUGCGACGUGGAAAAGUCUGUUCCCAAAUCGGAAAAUGUAUUCCCAUUACAAGUUACGUCUAUGGAUUUGACUAAAGAUCGUCCUGAUAUACCAAAACCGGAACCCAUAAUAAAAGUAUUACCAACGAGCAAAUUACAUUAUAAUACAUAUGAUGGUAGUAGCACUUCCGAAGAUCAACUGAGAAUUUUAAAUCAAGAACCAUCGUCGAUUUUAAAUCAAGAUUUUACGCAUUAUGUUAAAAGCGAUUCUUUAAGCGUUGAACAUUUUACCCCAACUGAACCAACAGAUCUUUCAAAUAAGAAAAUGGAAACGUUAACGUGUGUGCCUGAAAUUAAUUAUAUUAAAGAAGAAGCGGACGCCGUUUCUCUUUCAAGUAUUAGUUCUGAUCCUGAUCGUUUAGAGGUUGAUAUUUCUCAGGUAACUGAAGAACAUAGUGAUUCCACUACACACAGCGCGGCAUCUCCGACAUCAGAAUCCAGUCCAAACCAAACUGAAACUAAUCCAUCACUUUGGCAAACUCUAUCUCAAAACGGUUAUAAUCCAUCAUUAAGUGGAGAGGCCAGUCAGUUACUAAGAAAAUUGAUAACCUGUCGAAAAUUGGGCAUGACAAUAACACCUACGCCGCCUCACGUUUUAAACUACAGUUUAUUUGACGAAACGCAGAAAUCUGUAGAAAGUUUAAAUGCUGAGAAAAAUUCAGGUAGACGAAAGCAAAAUUUUCCAUCUAAAGCAACUGUUCAAACGGAGCCUAGUCCAAUGGAACAAGAUGGCGGCGAAGAAGACGAAUACAUACCAGAUUUCACUGGAAAUAAUCCCUGGUGUAAUUUGGUUAAAUCAAGGAGCGGAGCAGCAGCAAAACGGGUUGACUUACAUUGUACAAACUGCGGUACACAAACAACAACGAUUUGGAGGAGAAACUUGAGAGGGGAAAUGGUGUGUAACGCAUGUGGCCUUUAUUUUAAACUGCACGGAAUUGACAGACCAGUCACAAUGAGAAGGGAUACAAUUCACACAAGACGUCGAAGGCCGAAAGCUAUGGAAAAAGAUGUUCAUAAAAGUACAGAUCCUAUUCCAGGUUCCAAAGAAAGGAACGCUCAUAACAACAACAACAAUAAUAAUAAUACAGAGACUUCAGACACCGAUGACAUGUUGAGUGCUUUAAGGCGUCAGUUACAACCCCACCUAAUAAUGGCACUUCAGGGACAUCGAAAUUCUAUACCAAGAUUGCCUACACGUACAUACACUAAGGUUCCACCUCCACAAAAAUGUUUACCAACAGAAGAGUUUAUUGGUGGAUCAGCACGAGGGCCCGAAUCUGAUGAAGAAAGUAUAGCAGAUCUACCAUUAAAUCUUGUUUCCACACAUAUGACUGAGGGGGAAUUUAUUUAA